CCUCCCCAUCCCCUUCCUCGUCAUCUUCGUCGUUCCACGGUGCGUUCCUCCUCUCCAUCCCUCUUUGUCACCUCCCUCCUUCCACCCAUAGGGCUCCUUCUUGCUACCCCUCUCCACAGGACACAUCUCCAUCCCCACGCCCUACCCCUAUUGCCUCUCCCCUUCACCCUGCACACCACCCUGUUGCUUCCCUACAUCCGCUACUUGAGACUCCUCCCCUAUCACCUAUCUCUUCCUACCCCAUCACAUCCCGUCCUCGAUCAGAUACACCUCCUCUUGUCACUUCCCUCUAUCCAUCCCAUCUCCUUCACCAAGGCCACCACUCCCCCUCAUCAUCAUCUCCUCAACCACCCCGUGUGUGCACAAUGGAAAGUAACCAACACAAAGCAUCAGAUCCACAGGAUUCUAUGGUUCAUUUAGAUCUGGAUGAAGAUAAGAUAAUGGUGACAUCAGCAUUACCAUGUCCUUCAAUGUCCGUGGGAAAAUCGGUUAUGAGGAAGAGGGGAAGACCAAGCAGGCAUGCACGAGGAACUUCGUUGUCUUCUGUUACCCCAGAAGGGUGCAAGAAGAUGGAGGGUCGAUCAUAUAAUUUGCGUAGUGAUUCAACAAUUUUGUUGAGAAAUUCAUGUUUGCUAAUAGCUGAUGGAUCGACAAAACAGAAGCGAUCUUGGGGACUUGACAAGGAUGACUUGCAUAUACCUUUCUUUCAAAUUUCAGAUAAUCCUAGGGAAGCUGUUGAUGAUAUACUCAUGACAUUUGGUGGACUACAUCGGAGGAUCAUGCAGUUGAUAGAUGUGAAAAUGGCUUCAAAACAGCUUGUCUUCCAAGCAUUGAACCUCAUGAGAAAAGUUGGAUAUCAUGUUAACAAGGACAAGAGGGUUGGAGAGGUCCCAGGAGUUAAAAUUGGUGACAUAUUCUACUCUAGAAUUGAGAUGCUCUUGGUAGGGCUACAUAGUAACAUCAAUAGAGGAAUUGAAUUCAUGUCUGGUGCUUUUAUUAAUAAGGAAGAUAAGAUAGCUACAUGCAUUGUGUCAUCUGGAAUGUAUGAGAAUGGUGAUGAUGACCCAUAUACUUUGGUAUAUAAUGGCCAAGGCAAAGUCCACCAUAAGCUUGAGAGAGGUAACUAUUCGUUGAAUCAGAGUUUUAUUAGAAGGAAUCAUAUUAGACUUAUUCGUAGUGAACCAAAUCCAUUGGUUAGGCUAGGCUCAAAGGAAAAAAUAUACAUAUAUGAUGGUCUUUAUAAGAUCGAAGAAAAGUACAGACAAACAACAAAAUCUCGUUCUAACUUAAAGUUCAACAAGUUGGUCAGGGAACUAGGCCAGCCUAAUGGCAUUGUAGUAUGGAAGAAUACUCAGAAAUGGAGGGAAAAUCCAUCUUGUAGAGAUCAUGUCAUAAUGCCUGACAUGUCAAAUGGUGCAGAAAUAGCUCGUGUUUGUGUUGUAAACAACAUUGAUAGUGAGGAUGCUCCUAACAACUUUACCUAUUCAACUAAACUUGAUAAUGGGAAUCAUAUGGUUUCAGCAAACAAGAUGUGUGUCUGCAAAUGCACAAGCUCAUGCCUUGGUGAAGACAAUUGCUCUUGUUUGAAAACAAAUGGCAGCUAUUUACCUUACAACUCUUCAGGAAUACUUGUUUGUCGAAAGACUAUGAUAUAUGAGUGCAAUGAUUCAUGUGCUUGCACAAUUAAUUGCUCGAACCGAGUGGUACAGAGGGGUUCCUAUCUACACUUUGAAGUGUUCAAGACGAUGGAUCGAGGUUGGGGCCUUCGCAGUUGGGAUCCCAUUCCGGCGGGUGCAUUUGUAUGUGAAUAUGUUGGUGUAGUUAUUGACAAAGAUAGCUUAGUUGAAGAAGAUGAAUACAUAUUUGAGGUUACUAGACCAGAGCAUAAUUUAAAAUGGAACUAUUUACCAGAAUUGAUAGGUGAACCUUCUUUCUAUGACAUGAAUGAUACAUUCAAGAAGUUGUGUUAACAACCAAAUUUGGUAAUAUCGGCAUUGGGAAAGAAGAUUAGAUUGAAGCGAAGUCGGAGGCGGAGAUCAAGUUCGGAAACAGAGCAGGGAUUGGCUGGAGUCCAGAUUAGCUACGAUAAGAUCGGCUGAGUCUGAGUCGGACUAGGUAAGCCGAUGUAGCCGAUCCUAGCAAUACAACUUGAUGUGUGAUGUCGGGUUGGAUUGAGGUGCUUCAAGGUGAUUGCCGCACAUGGAUAGAGUCCUGAGGAGGCAAUUGUAUCUAUUAGUUAGGAUGUUUUAUGUAAUUUCCUUAGAGAUAUGAUUGGGCAAAAGUCUGCCGCAAAGACUUAUAGUAUCUUAGAGUUUGUUAGAGAUAGUAGUCGUGUCCGUUAUGGACAUAUCUUGUAAUUCUCGGGUAUAAAUAUACCCGAGCCCUAUGUAACUUUUAACACACGUUCAAUACAAUCUCGGCGCAUCGCCACCCUUUUACUUU